CUGUCGAGAGUGACCGUUUGGCAGCAGUCAGCGAAAAUUUUGCUUCGAAAGCUAUCGCACAGGCAAACGUGAAGGUCUCGUUGGAGCCUCCUCGCAAUAAUUAAAAAACACGAGUUUCCGACUCCGCAUCUUGACAAGUACAUACAUACACACAUACACAUACGUCUCGAUUCAAGUUGGUCGAAGUCGGAGAGUAUAGAGUGAUCGUCAUAGUAGCCAUCCUAUAGUCAGGGUGGGAUCGAAUUCGUAUUCCUUGAAUAAGGCGACCUUCACAGACGCGACAAAAGGCAAAGGACGCAAACAACGGACUUUCUCUCUUCUCUCUCUCUCUUUUUUCCUCUUUCGCUCUUUGCAUGGUAUCACUAAUCCUACCUCUCUUUGUUGUAAUCGUCGCAAAUCUGGCCUCUCAUAAGAAAUAACCCUCAUUGUGUCGUGGGUGCGUGCAUACGCACGCGUGUUGGAGAAAAGGAAAAGUGCAUACGCGCGACGUAGAUACACCUAUAUAUGUAAAGACGUACUGUGAUUUCUCCUGCGAGCCCAUCUUCCUGACUGACGACAUACACCAAGUGUAGAAGAGGAAAAACUAUCCCCGCCGUCGUUGUCGUUGCCGCCGCCGCCGUCGUCGCCGUUGUCAUCCUCGUCUUUUUCCUUCUCUUCUUCUUUCUCAUUAUCAUCAUCAUCGUCAUCAUCACCAUCAUCAUCACCAUUACCAUUCCAUUAAAGAAGGGCUCACGUAUUAUACCUAUACAUUAUACCAAAAAAGUGAGAAAGAGCCUCUUGUGUGAUCAUUCAUCAUUGUUAUCGUUUGGACACAAAAGUUAACCGGGAAGCCGGUUCAUAAGGAAUGUCCACCCCAGCAAGGAGGAGAUUAAUGAGGGAUUUCAAGAGAUUACAGGAAGAUCCUCCAACUGGAGUAUCGGGUGCUCCAACAGACAAUAAUAUUAUGAUAUGGAAUGCAGUUAUAUUUGGACCACACGACACUCCAUUUGAAGAUGGUACAUUUAAACUUACAAUAGAAUUUACGGAAGAAUAUCCAAACAAGCCACCUACAGUGAGAUUUGUUAGUAAGAUGUUUCAUCCUAAUGUAUAUGCAGAUGGUGGAAUUUGUCUUGAUAUACUUCAAAAUCGCUGGAGUCCUACUUAUGAUGUCUCAGCCAUCUUGACAUCUAUACAGUCGCUGUUAAGUGACCCGAAUCCGAAUUCACCUGCCAACUCAAUGGCAGCGCAACUAUACAAAGAGAAUCGACGCGAGUACGAGAAGCGAGUGAAGGCUUGCGUGGAACAGAGUUUUGUGGAUUAGUUAUGGAUAUUAACAUAAUGCUGCUGUAACAGUAUCAGCCAUCAACAACCAUCAAAUACAAGGAAGAAGAACAUGUAGCUUUAUACUACAAGGAGCUAAUGCUAAAAAAAAAAGAAAAAUACCAAAAUUUGGCAUAUUUCUUCCUGAGAGCUUUAUCGUACUACCACGACAAUGUGCAACGUUAGACCGAAUUUUUACAAUGUUGAAUAAUAAACUAUUAUAAAAUUGUGUAUUUAUUUAUUGCGGAUAUCUGAUGAUACACGAAAUUAGUUAUUAAAACUUAGAAUAAAAAAAAAAUAUAUUUGGCGUUUAUUUUCUUGUUUAUUUUUAUUUUAUUUUUUGAGCGGCGAAGAAUUAUAUUAACUUUUAUUGAAUUUAGUGUACUUUGAUAUAUAUUUCAGUAUAUAUACACACACACAAAUUCAUUUAUAUAUAGAUAUAUAUAUAUAAUAAAGUAAUAAAUGCAUAA